AUGCAUAGACGUCAAUUUCCUUUACGCAGAUUUGGUACUCAUCUGUCACAUUCUCCAGACACAAAGAAAUCUAUUGCAACAGCAUUAAUAUCAGCACAAGACAAUGGAGACAAGUCCAAUUUUGUCGGAGCUACACUGGAUGAGAUACGAGAAAGAAUAUCAGUCGUUGUACCAGGAAUAAAAUCGUUUGUUGGAUUACAGAUAUACCAAUUCAUUUAUCGAAAGGGAGUUCAGUCGUUUUAUGAAAUGACAAACCUCUCGCAAAGUUUACGUGAAAAACUUGACGAACAUUUUUCUGUGGAUUAUGGCGUACGAAAGCAAGAUCGCUUUUCAAAGGAUGGAGCACGUAAAAUGCUGAUUGGUUUCCGUGAACCCAACGCAGUUUUUGAAACUGUUUUGAUUCCAAUGGGCGACAAUCGUCAUACACUCUGCGUCUCUUCCCAAAUCGGUUGCAGCCUUAACUGCCGUUUUUGUCGUACUGGCACACAAAAACUUACACGUCAUCUCCUAGCUGAAGAGAUUGUCGGUCAAUACAUGAUCAAUGCUGCUGCUGUUGACGAAUUUCCAAUCGAAAAUCUCAAGACUCGAGGAGUCUCCAAUAUUGUGUUUAUGGGGCAAGGAGAACCACUGUACAACUAUAAGAACGUCAGUAAGGCUGUGAAGAUAUUGACGGAUCCUCAAGGGAUCGGAAUGCCGAAACAUAAAAUCACAAUAUCAACCGCAGGAGUUGUGCCGUUGAUUAAACGUGCUGGAGAAGAGUUGGGAGUGUCCCUUGCCAUAUCUUUACAUGCGGUAAAUGAUGAUGUGAGAGACGUGAUUGUUCCGUUGAACAAGACGUAUCCUAUCGGCAUGCUGUUGGACACAUGUAGAAAGUAUUCGAGAUCAAUGAAUAACCGAACUAGAAGGAUCACAUUCGAAUAUUGUUUGUUAAAAGGGGUUAACGACAGCCUGGCCGAUGCACAAGAAUUGGCACGUCUAUUGAAAGACAUUUCUGCACAUGUAAACGUGAUUCCGUUCAACAAAUGGCCUGGAAGUGAGUACGAAACGCCCGAUAAGGAGACAAUCGAACAAUUUACCAAUACCAUUAUAGAGAACGGAACCCACGCGACACUUCGAACGCCCCGCGGUUUAGAUAUACUGGCCGCUUGUGGACAACUAAAGAGUACCCACAUGAACAAAGCCAGUGCACCUCCUAAUAGCUGA